CUCGCGUACGUAGGCGAGUCCCGGAUCCAAAAGGAAUCAAAGGAUACCACGACAUGCAAAGUCACUUCCCUCUUCCCCUUCCUCCUCCUCAAAACGCGACGUCUCUCUCAAUCUCUUUCGUCUAUCGACUCACUCUGUCUCUGUUGGUGAUUCUAGCUCAUGAUUCUCGGGGCUUCAAGCUUCAAGGGAAAAUGUGGAUUCAAGAUGAGACAGAUGGUGUUUAUGGGACUUGUGUGUGCAAUUACACUGUUAGUUGUGUACAGAAUCACAAAUUAUCAGUAUCAGCAGACAGAGAUGGACAAGGAAUUGCAUCGUUUUGACACUAUAAAGGAAUCUCAUUUGGGAUCCAGAAAUUUGUUGGAUGGUUUGCCUAGUGGUAUAAUGCAAGCUAGGUCGGAUUUGGAGCUAAGGCCGCUGUGGUCAAGUAGUAGUUCACGGUCAAAUGUUAGAGAUUCUGAUCCUAAAGUCAAUGGUUUUAGCAAUCAUAACUUGCUCGCAAUUCCAGUUGGUAUCAAGCAAAAGCAGAACGUGGAUGCUAUUGUUCAAAAGUUUCUUCUAGAGAAUUUUUCGAUUAUUCUAUUCCAUUAUGAUGGCAAUAUGGAUGGGUGGGGGGAUCUUGACUGGAGUAACAAGGCCAUACACAUAGUUGCUCAGAACCAAACAAAGUGGUGGUUUGCAAAGCGCUUUCUACAUCCUGAUGUGGUUUCUAUUUAUGAUUAUAUAUUUCUUUGGGAUGAAGAUUUGGGGGUCAAGCAUUUUAACCCUGGAAGGUACCUGGAUAUUGCGAAAAGAGAAGGACUCAAGAUAUCUCAGCCAGCUUUGGACCCAAAUUCAACAGAUAUACAUCAUAGAAUUACUGUUCGUGCCAGGAAAAAGAAGUUUCAUAGGAGAGUCUAUGACCGUAGAGGUAGCGUGAAGUGUUCUGAUUCCAGUGAGGGGCCACCAUGCACUGGAUUUGUUGAAGGCAUGGCUCCAGUGUUUUCAAGAUCUGCUUGGCAUUGCACAUGGCAUCUGAUACAGAAUGAUCUUGUCCAUGGAUGGGGAAUGGAUAUGAAACUUGGCUAUUGUGCACAGGGGGACCGCAGUUGGAAUGUGGGAGUCAUUGAUAGUGAAUACAUUGUUCAUAAAGGCAUACAAACAUUGGGUGGAAGUCGACUGCCUACAAAAAAGAGAUAUGGUGCUUCUGCUUUUGAUGUGCGAACCGAGAUUAGGAGGCAAUCAACGUGGGAACUUAAAGUAUUUAAAGAGCGUUGGAAUCAAGCCGUUGAGGAAGACAAGAACUGGGUUGAUCCACUUGAGAGAUAUAAAAUACCAAGAAAAAGAAAAUGGAGACACUCUCGUCUAAAUUCUUCAUAAUUUAGUUGGUGUAGCGGUUACUGAAUUCUCAUAUUUAUUCAUUAUUUGAACAACCACAGUCUUUGUUCUUAGAAUCCAGCCGUGUCUUUUAUAUCUUUUUUUUUUUUGAAACAAAGAAACUCGUAUAUUUCAUUACUCACAAGUGAAACUAGUACA